UUUAAAGCGACUACAGUGCGAUACCGAGUGAUACACAUACCGUGCGAACACAAACGCGUCGCAUAACGUUUUUCUGCGCCAAAGCGUGUGUGAUUUUCUUAAACGUUUCAAGUAUUUUUUGUUUCCAAUUAAAUCGAAAACGACUUUUUCGUCAUCGGCAGAGCGAGCACAAAACGCGAACAUGGUCGGAAAAACGGCAAUCGGCAUCGACCUGGGAACGACGUACUCGUGCGUGGGAGUGUGGCAAAACGGCAAAGUGGAGAUCAUCGCCAACGACCAAGGCAACCGGACCACACCCAGCUACGUGGCGUUCACGGACACCGAACGGCUGAUCGGGGACGGAGCCAAAAACCAAGCGGCCAUGAACCCCGGCAACACGGUGUUCGACGCCAAACGGCUGAUAGGCCGGCGGUUCGACGACGAGAAAACGCAGGCGGACAUGAAGCACUGGCCCUUCAGGGUGGUCGACGAUUGUGGAAAACCGAAAAUCCAAGUGCACUUCAAAGGCGAGCGCAAGGUAUUUGCCCCGGAGGAGAUCAGCUCGAUGGUGUUGACCAAAAUGAAAGAGACCGCCGAAGCCUAUCUGGGCGGGAACGUCACCGACGCGGUGAUCACAGUGCCGGCAUACUUCAACGACUCGCAGAGGCAAGCCACCAAGGACGCUGGCGCCAUAGCCGGCUUGAAUGUCAUGAGAAUAAUAAACGAGCCCACGGCCGCUGCUUUGGCUUACGGUUUGGACAAACAUCUCGCGGGUGAAAGAAACGUACUGAUAUUCGAUUUAGGCGGCGGUACGUUCGACGUGUCCGUCUUGCAAAUCGACGAGGGGUCGAUAUUCGAAGUGAAAUCCACCGCCGGAGACACGCAUCUGGGAGGCGAAGAUUUCGACAACAGGCUGGUCUCGCACUUGGCCGAAGAGUUCAAGAGGAAGUUCAACAGGGACGUCAAGGGCAACCCCAGGGCACUGAGACGCCUGAGAACGGCCGCCGAAAGAGCCAAGCGAACGUUAUCGUCGAGUUCGGAAGCAACAAUUGAAAUCGACGCCCUAACGGAAGGCAUUGAUUUCUAUACAAGAGUGUCUCGCGCUCGUUUCGAAGAACUGUGCGCGGAUCUGUUUCGGUCCACUCUUCAGCCCGUGGAGAAGGCGUUGGCCGACGCCAAACUGGACAAGGGAGCUAUACACGACGUGGUGUUGGUGGGCGGAUCGACCAGAAUACCCAAGAUCCAAAACCUGUUGCAAAACUAUUUCUGCGGCAAGUCCCUUAACCUUUCUAUCAAUCCCGACGAGGCAGUAGCAUACGGUGCUGCUGUUCAAGCUGCGAUUCUUAGCGGAGACACGAGUUCGGCGAUCCAAGACGUUUUGCUGGUCGACGUCACUCCGCUGUCGUUGGGAAUCGAAACGGCCGGUGGCGUGAUGACCAAAAUUGUCGAGAGGAAUUGUACAAUUCCGUGCAAACAAACACAGACGUUCACUACUUACGCGGACAAUCAACCGGCAGUCACUAUACGAGUAUUCGAAGGCGAAAGAGCAAUGACCAAGGACAACAACCUGUUGGGAACUUUUGAUCUGACCGGAAUACCCCCAGCGCCCCGAGGAGUACCCAAAAUCGACGUGACAUUCGAUUUGGACGCUAAUGGCAUUCUGAAUGUUUCGGCCAAGGACAACAGUUCUGGUCGUUCAAAAAAUAUUGUCAUCAAAAACGACAAAGGCCGGUUGUCUCAAGCGGAAAUCGAUCGUAUGCUCAACGAGGCCGAGCGGUACAAAGAAGAAGACGAAAGACAAAGGGUGAACAUAGCCGCUAAGAACCAAUUGGAAAGCUAUGUGUUCGGUGUGAAACAAGCUUUGGACGACGCUGGAGACAAGCUCGGCGAGUCCGAAAAGAACGCAGCCAAACAAGAAUGCGAUACCGUGAUACAGUGGCUGGACAACAAUCAGCUGGCUGAUAAAGAGGAGUACGAGUACAAACUGAAGGAACUGCAAGGAAAGUAUUCCGCGUUAAUGAUGAAGAUGCACGGCGGACAAGCAGGCGGAGCUCAGAUGCCAGGAGCAGGCGGUUUCCCAGGAUCUCAGUCUCGAGGGCCAACUGUUGAAGAAGUUGAUUAAAGUAUUGUAUGCGUAUAAAUAUUUUGCUUGUACAUAAUUGUAAAGAAACGGUGGCAUAGUAAAAUUACCUAAUUUAUUGUACAAUUCACACGCAAGUUCCUAUUGUAAAAAAAUCGUUUUAUGUAAAUUUAAAGUAUAAAAUUAACAGAUAUUGUAAAUAUUAGAGUUUGAUUUGUUAAUGCAUUAAUAAAUAAAUACUCAUUUUUUUUAAAAAUUAAAAAUGAACAUGGAGUUUUUAAAAAAUUAUUAUUAUGAUAGAAUUUCUUGUGGUACUAGCAUUAAGUUUAUAUUUUAGAUACCUACAUGAAAAAAUUGAAAUUAAACUGCUGAUAUUAUUUAAGUAAACGUACACACACACAUAAUCUACUGUAAGUUUUAUGAUGGUCAGAGGCACAACACCUAUAAACUAACAUACAUGUACUUAUGAAUAAUAUAGUUCAUUCUCUUCUAGUUAGUUAACAAAAAUAAUUGAUUAAGCAUAUAGAUAUUAAAAUUAAUUAUUUAUUAGGUAUGAGCUAUAUUAUAUCGACAAAAAAUUAGUAGUCAUAUUAUGUGUCACGCUGGAUUUAUUAAUGACAUAAAGUAUGAACAAUUGUGUAAAGUCCCUUGGUUAGGUGGUCCCUAAGCUUGGUUUCCAAACCCGACAGAUAUUCAGUAUUAUAAUUACAAGAAACGGACAUUUAAAGUAUAAAAUUCUUCUAAAGAUUUUCUUAAGUAAUAGGUACAUUGGUUGAAAAUUGGAAUGCCGAUUCAAAUAAAGUAAAAGUACUAAACAGUAAACAGAAUAUUAUUCAUUAUUCAAUAACGGCUGUUAUUUCGCCAGCAUGGGCAAACUGCAAACAUCUGACAUCAUAUUAUCACAAAUCACAAGCUUUAAGAAGAUAAGGCACUGAACUCAAUAUAUUAUAUAGUUGAGGGAUUCAAUUUUCUAACAAAUAAAAUAAUAAACUGUACUUGUAAUAUCAUCCAUGAUAUUAUAAAUGCCCUAAAAUGCAAAAUUUAAUAUGUAAAAAUUCAUAAAUCAUAAGCUAACAAGAAAAGAUUGAUAAGGACUUAUGACAUUUGGUCACUAGAAAGAAAAAUUAUUUUUUUAUUAUUAUAAGAAUUUUGAGUAUGUGCGGCAUGAUAAAUAUUGCAGGAAAAUCAUCCAAACCAGCUAGAUGACAACAAUGAACAACUGAAGUAUGAAAUACAUAUUAGGUAUUCAUAAAAAUAAAUUAUAAUUAUUAUAAUAUGGUAAUUAUGAAUUAUGAAACAUAAAAACGGUUUUAAUUUAUAAAAGAAGAAACGUUAGACUUUAAAUAUCUAAUAUAUCCGUAUUGGUAAUUUUUAAUUCAAUAUUAUUAUACUGAAUCAUAGACCUAAUUAAUAAGAAUAAUUAGGUGCUGAAUAAUAUUUAAAAUGUAAUAGACUUCCCGCCAACAUAUAACCUCACAAUAGUAUAACCUACAGCGCUCAACGCUAAAGUGGUGAAUUAUAUAAAUGUUUAAGCAAACAACAGCUGCUGAUAACGGUGGAUUUGGCCGACCUUAUCUCUGGCUGCUUUAGUUUAUUGUUAUUUGUUAAUGUACCUACGAAUAAAUAAUAAUUAUUUAUUUUAAAGUUUUGUUGUUUAUUGUAGUUAAAGUACUGUUAAGUUCAUUGUAAUAUACUUUGAUUGACUGGAUAUACAAUAAUUAUAUUGCCGAUUACUGGAAUUACGAUGUCAAUCCCAGAUCCAG